AUGCUUAAAAAAAUUUCAGAAUUUUUAAAUAAAAAAGAUAUUGAUGGUCUUUUAACAUUUUUAAUGGAUAUAGAUAAUCUUGUGAUAAAUAAAGAUUUAAUAGAUUUACUUAAUAGUUUUUAUGAGAAAGAAAAAGAAAUUAGUAACGUAGUGUUAUCUUUGAAUACUUUAAAAAAUGAAAAAUGUAUGAAAAGAAAAAGUAAAGAGUCGGGAUAUUUUGAAUAUAAAUACUAA